AAGUCUCUCCUUUUUCACUUCGACUUUCUCAACGCUCCUUCGCUCCUCUUUGUACCGUGUACCGGCCGUUCGUUCCUCCCUUGAGAUUUCCCGACCCUUCCACACCACCUGUACUACUAUAUCCAUCAACCAUAUGAACCCGAGUUCGGACCGGCUAGGCUGCUAUAUAUUCUCCUCUCACAUCUGUUAUUGUCCUGAGACUUGACAUUCCGGAGUGGAGCCCCCCCCCCUAGAUGAUGGGCGUUUCAAAUCCAACCGACACCAUGGAUGGCAUCGAAUGCUCUGCAAUUUAUAUCGACCACCGUGUCCGAUCAGAACGCUGGGUGUAUCAAGGUACUCCGGAAGCACCGGCAGGCGCGGAGUCGGAUUCGGGAACAAUCGAGGAACCGGAAUCGUUGUCGGCCGACGUUCAAGUUCUGUUAGGAGUUUGUAAACGCAUCUAUCUCUGUCAGGUCGGCACCGCUAUCGCAAACAAGUUAGCAGAGAUAAGCGACGGGGCUCAGAGUCGCUGCACACCUAUCUUCGUUUUCUUCGACAUUGAUAUACACGGCGAGGAGGCCGCUCUGCAGCGCCGCCGAGCGAGCCGCGGUUCGUGGCCCGAUGUAUCGCCUCCGUCGCCGGCGUCCCUGCGUCGCGGUUUUACAUUCACCUCACAGUGGGAAGGGGCGUACGACCUGAAGUUGCUGUCAGGCUUGUCCGCGGACAUCCAAGUUCAGGAUGGCCCCAACGUGAUCGUUCCGGUCGCUGUUCUGCGCCCUCCCUUCGCCGACCCCACUAGCGCCUCCCCGGCCGACCAACCCCGUAUUCCGUCUUUCCCUGAUCCUCAGCAUAUCUCCAAGUGCCUGGAUGCUGGUGCCGUGGACGUGUUAGUAACCCCGUUGGAUAGCUGUAGAGCUCAAGCUCUGGUUGUCCAGGCGUACCGGACUCGUAAAACGGCUCUCCGGGAACAGUCGCGCUUCCUCUCCCGAAAGAAACUGCGGAAACACUCGUGGGUGGGCGUCAAUGACGAGCAACCCUAUGCGUAUCUUCGAGAAGCCAUGGUCUCCAAGCUCAUGCGAGGCAUCUGCAAUCCCGAAGAGGUUAUCGAGGAGUUCCAGGACCGGGAACUGGACGUUCGUCCGGACCGCGCGGAUUUCGUAAGAGAACACAUUGCACAAUGGGGUUUUACCGCCCAUGAGUUUUCGGACGACGAAUUGGUCUUGGCUGCAUUUGAAAUGCUGCAGCAUGCUCUGCAAUACCCGGAACUGGAGCAGUGGCAGCUGACACCAGGUGAACUUCGCACGUUUCUUCUCGCCUGUCGCGCCUCAUAUAAUUCCUUCGUUCUUUACCAUAACUUCCGACACGCAAUCGAUGUGUUGCAAUCGGUCUUCUGCUUCCUGUUGCACAUCGGCGCUCUUCCCCCCUACGGGCCUAAUAGCCCGACGGUCGGCGACAAAUGUCCGAUCGCAUCCCUCCUCACUCCGUUCGAUACCCUUACCCUUUUGAUCUCCGCCAUUGGCCACGACGUCGGCCAUCCGGGCGUGAACAACUUCUUCCUGGUCAAACUGAAUGCCCCGCUGGCACAGCUAUACAACGACAAUUCAGUCUUGGAGGCAUUCCACUGUGCUGCCUUCUCCCAGAUCCUGCGUCGUUACUGGCCGACCGCAUUCAAGGAUCGACAACUUCGCAAGCUUCUGAUCAGCUCUAUUCUCGCCACGGACAUGGGAGUGCACCAGAAAUUCAUGGAACGGUUGGGGUCGCUCCAGGAGAAGUUCCACGAAAACAACCGGACUGUGGAUGGGUGGAAGCCCCAAGACUUGGAGCUUUAUAAGACACUGCUGUGUGGGCUGCUGAUCAAAUGCGCUGAUAUCAGUAACGUGGCGCGCCCGUGGGAUGUUGCGGAGAAGUGGACCCAGAUCCUGCAGGAGGAAUUCGCCAAUCAGGGCGAGAUGGAGAAGGAGGUUGGGAUGGAGACUGCACUAUUCGGCGGCCCACCGGAAUUAGGGAAUAUUUACAAGCUCGCCACCGGCCAGAUUGGAUUUAUGUCGAUUUUCGCUUUGCCGCUGUUCGAGGGCGUGUCUGACAUCCUGCCCGACCUGAAGUUUACGGUCGAGCACAUUCGCAGCAACCAGUCGAAAUGGCAUUUCCUCGCCGACAUGGAGAAGAAUCGGCAAACCCUGCAGACUGAUCUUCGUCCGGACGACUUGGUGUCGCCCCGCACUCAGAGUCCCAUCCCAAGUUUGAGGGGCCUCCACGCGCCGCUAGCCAUCAAUAGUCCGAAAACCCCCAUCAAACCAGCCCUUCCGACCAGUGAACCUGCGAGUCGGCGGUCAACCCCAGAUGAUUACUUUGGUACCGCUCCUACCCCGCUGGGCUCGGACGAUGCGCCCAGCGACUAUAAUGAGAACACUAUUAGUCCCGUUGUUUCGCCGGACACGCCGGGCCCGUCUAUGGACAUCACCGGGUGUUCGAUGCCCUCGCCAGAUGAGGCAGCCUCUCGCAGAUCUUCUGGGGUCAUGCCUGAGGGGCAGGCCAACACGCCUUCUGCUCGUCUGAGCGACAAUAUGGACGGUUGCUCCGACGCAAUUCGUGCUUCGAGUGACCCCACCGUUCUGGCGGCUGUCCUGUUUGCCAAUGGCUCUGCUGCAGGUAACGGCGACACGUCGGGUCGCUCCAGUGCUCGUAACAGCUCCGUGGAAGGGAGACCGAGUAGCUCGCGACAUGGGCCGCCUAGUGGUCGACGCCAGCACGCGAAUACAGCGUCGUCGGGACGCACAUCGGGGCCCUCGAAUUCACAGCGGAACAGUUGCACUCGCACGCACAGCGUCAGCACCUACAGCAACAACAUGACACCGAUCUCUCCGUCUACGAAUGCCACUAGUUUCCUCAGUGUGGACAGCGAUGACAAGGGCUUCCCCCGCGAAAGCAUCAGUCGGAGUGACGGCGAAUGGGACCGGGCGUACACGCGACCGGCCACAUCGAACCACCCACAAGUCAGCGCUGCAUACCCGAGCACUCGCCGGGCCUCCGAUCCGCACAAUUACGAUGCUGCCAAGGUGACGUCGCCGGUGGGGAAUGGGACGAGCAGCUCGGCACAAUCCACGACGACGACUGGAAGCAUGAAAAACGAUGGGCGUGGGCCCCGGUGGGACGAGCACGGGUCCAAGGAGCACGCACCACCGCGCAAACUGCCGAAGCGACGAAGCCGACUGCGGUUGGCGUUCUGGAAGCGGCGCACACAUCACUCGCAUCAGCACGAGCUGAGCGGGGAGACGUGAUGGCCCGGAAAGUUGAUUGGAUUUCAGUUUUCUCUUGUUUUCUCGUUUGGGAUGAUUCACGGUGUUCCUGGCGGGUUGGAUUUUCGCGAGUGAGCAAAACGUGGGUUGGGAUUACAUGGGCACAUAUGAAUGGGAAACAUUCUGGUGACGACUCUGGAUUUUAUGAUGGAAUUGCAUGAUUUGACGACCGGCUCGGUGGAUAUAGCUAUAUCUGAGCUUUUGACGAUGAUGCACAGCCAGACAUUGCGCUGGUCUAGCUGGCAUGGCACUUGACUUCUUCGAUACUCUUCUUUUUUUUUUUUUUCUUCUUCUUCCGAUCUUUUUUCUCUUCUUUCACUUCACAUUAUCCAUUUUACACAUUGACCGUUUCAUUUUCAUUUGUCACC